AGAGGGUUACAACUCCUGUUAUCAUUUCUCUGGCCAAGGGUGUGGAAGCAUAGUUUGAACCUCAUCAUCGGAUUGUUAUGUUUAAAUGAUCUAACGAGCAUGUAAAAUCACUGUUCAUGUCUUCUUUAUAUGUUUGCUAGAAUAGAUAAAUGUUUGAUGUCAUCUACCUAAGUAUUUUCAUGACAUAUAGAUUUUGUUUGUUAUUGUUUUGAUACUGUGUAUUGGCAGAAAUAUCAAAUUGCUUGAUUAAGUGUAGUAUUAGUAAGAAUCAAAAGCAGCUACUAUUACCCACUGCAUCCAUGGCUAGCAACCUCUUCCUUCCAAGAAGCGUCAUUUCCAAUAAAAGGAAUUCUAGGUUUAACUUCUUUGUAAGUUUCCCUUGAUCAUUCCAAUCUGAGAAGCAUGAAUGUGUAGAUAUAGGGGGAAAAUAGUUCCAGAUGCAGAGCUUCACUUUUAUAUAGUCAAAGAACGAUUCGUGAGAAUAUAACACCGAAAGGUGUUAAAAACUAUAAAAUGGUAAGCUCAUAUCCAACUCCUCAAAUUGUCCCGAAGUCUUUUAUUUUUUUAGUGCCUAAAGAAAGUAUUUGUGCAGAUUCUUCUGAUGGCUUUCACACGGGUGAAUGGCAUCAACAAGCAAGAAAACAUCACUAUGCUUGAUAAAUAUGGAGGGGAAAACCCUUCUUCUGCAGAACAGAAAGAAAAAAAAACGGAACCAUCUUGAUGCGGCCUAUCUUUGCCUCAUGUCUGUGUUAUUCACUUCGACGUUAGCUUAGCAGUGGCGGGAAGUUUUGUUUUAUUACUUGGGUUUAAAUUUAUCGUUUGGCUGCUGGAACCUGAGUUAGAGAGACAUUGUCAUCUUUUUAUAUCAAAUCCAUGAAAAGACUAUUAUGAUUUACUCUGUUAUGGGUAUUGUUAUAGAUUUCAAGAAAAUUUAUGAGAUAUUGUGUUCAAAAGCAUUUCAAAAUAAGUGAAAAGAUACUAAGAAAAUAUGCAGUUCUCUAAUUUGGCUUUAGUACCUUCUGAUUUUAGAAGUUUGGCUCAAAUAGCUGGCGGAAAAAAAGACUUUAGUCGCCAAUAUUCAUGGCAUGAGAAUGACGCACACCAGUCAUCAACGUCACCAUAAGUGGCAUUUCAUAUAGAUUUUGAAACCCCAUAAAAUUCUCUAAUACCGUAAAUAAUAAAUUAGUAAAAACCACUCAAAAGUUCUAAAAGCAAAAACAAAGCUUGAAAGUUUGAACCAGUUGUUAUUAACGAUUUAUUUUCAUGGAACUUAAUUUAUGAAUUGUUUUUAUCUAAUGUCUAUGAAUGACGCCUAAAUAUGAAUGAUGAAUUGGAUUAUAAUUCAAGUUAAAAAUAGAAAAAGUUUCUAUUGCACUCAUUUCAAAUUCGAUAUGAAUUUAUGUUUUUUAUAAUAUGGCCACGAUAUAUAUUAUUAUAUAUAUAUAUUAAAUAAAAAAUAUUUGUCCGAAAUCCGGGCGCAGCCCGGAAGAAUAUCUAGUUUUAAUUAAUAACUGGUAACCGUAAGAAAAAUGUGGCUUUGGUUACUCUUACAUAUCUAAUAAACAAAGUAAAUUUUUAUUGGUAAAAUAUGAAAAAAAUCAAUAGAUUCAUUUUCAGAUUUGAGCUACUAAGACGCCACCGACUACAUUCUUGGAGAAGUUUUGUGGAGGAAAAGACCAUUUUUGAAGGCUUAAUAGGUGAUAGAAGGUGUGAGUAAGAUGGCACCGUAACGGCGCCGGUAAAACAAAGCCACGGUAAAACAAAGCCACAUUCUCUAUUAUGUAAGUUGCUUUUCUACUCUUAAAUUCGAUGAAUUUACAGUCAUUCAUCGUUGUAUACGAAAUCUGAUAUUGUAAAGUAAAGUAAUCGGAAGAUUUAGUUUUUCUGUUUAUAAAAAGAUGUUACUUAUAUUCCAUUUGCAAGGUAGUAUAGUUAAUUGUGUAUAGACAUGAAAUAUACUCGAUGGAGAUAACUAUGUGAACCUCUAUUUCUUUGUUUGUGUAAAUCUGUAAGUAAAAAAUAUUUUAUAUAUAGAUAAAUAAAGUAGUAUAAAUGUCUAUCUGCAUAGUAUAUAAAACCUAUUGUGGUGGGCGACUGUGUUGUAUAUAAAUAGAAUAGUACAUAUGUCUGUCCGCAUAAAAUAAUAAUUGUUAUAUUAAUAGUAUAGUAUAUGUUAUGGAAGUGGUUUUUAGUUUAAAGCUAAUGUGAGUUAUUAUCGCCACAUAAUUGAUAAUCAUAAUUUAAUAGAUGUUUUUGCAGUUCUGAUGGUGAGGACUAACUACAGUAGGCCGUGAGUUUGUGUCGGUGUGGCAGAAAAGGAGAGAAGAUGUAAAUAACGAUUCAUCGACUAUACUAUAUGCGAUGAAUCUGUUUCUUCCUCAGGUUUGUGAGAUGUUGAUGAAAUUGUCUAUGUUGAUGGUGAAGGAUUGUGGUGAAUAAUAGAGUUUCGAAGACUCGUGUGGCGAGCGACAAGACUUGUGCAGUGGCGAUCACCUCCAUCUAUACAAUCGAAACCAUUAUAUUCGUUUCUACCACAAUUGCCCCUCUUCUCCUAAUUCUACGACCGUUUUAGUAUUUUUUUAGAUUUUGAUAACUUUUUAUAAUAUAAAUGUAAAACAAUAUGUAUUUUUCAUAUUUUUUUAUUUGAUAUAUUCUGUUACUAUAUUAUUUUAUCAUGUUCCAUUUCAUUUGACGGUUAAUAAAAAGUUUUCUAUUUUGUUUAGAAAUAUUGUUGGUAAUUUUCUUAAGUUAUGUCUAUCGUUACAUGUUUUUAGACCUGUAAAAAUUAUACUAUGCUCUAUAUUGUAUAGUUUAAUAUUACAUAAUAUAAUUUAAUAUUACACAUGUACUUUUUAUAUUUUGAUAUUUGAGUUUAGGGUUUAUGUUUGGAUUAGGAUUUAGUGAUUUGAGUUUAGGGCUUAGUAUUUAGAUGGUGAAGGGGUGUGGUUGGGGUCAACAUUAAUUUCUUCCAUGCAAUCAUAUACAUUUCAUAAUUUCACCAAUAUGUACUUGUUAUUUAUUUUAUUCCAUUAUAUUUGGGUUUAGGGUUUAUAUUUUGGUUUAGAGCUUAUAUUUGGAUAAGGAUUUAGUUUUUAAAGUUUAGGUUUUAGUAUUUAGAAGGUGAGAGGGUAUGGUUGGGGUCAACAUUAACUUCUUCCUUGCGAUCAUAUAUAGACAUUUUAUAGUUUUACCAAUAUGUACUAUGUUAUUUAUUUUAUUCCAUUCUAUUUGGUUUAGGGUUUAUAUUUGGGCAAGGGUUUAGUGAUUAGAGUUUUGGGUUUAGUAUUUAGAAGGUGAGGGGGGUAUGGUUAGCUACAGUCAACAUUAACUUCUUCCAUGCAAUCAUAGACAUUCCAUAAAUUCACCACUAUGUACUACAUUAUUUGCUUUGUUCCAUUCUAUCUUGGUUUUGAGUUUAUAUUUUAGUUUAUGGUUUAUAUUUAGGUUUAGGGUUUACUGAUUGGAGUUUAGGAUUUAGUAUUUAAGUGUUGGAAUAAGAUUGGGAUAAAGUUUAGUAUAUAGGGGUUGAGAUUCGGAUAUGUUAAGUAUUUAGGAAUUGCAGGUGGAGUUAUAAUAAUGUACUAGUUCAGUGAUAUGGAAUAGAACAUUCAUGCAUAUGUAUGUGGUCAAUAAAGGUAUACGUGGGUGAUUUUUCUUUCUUUUAUUUGGAAUAGUUUUCAGAUGCUCCUGACCUUAUAUUUUACUGGCCACAUUAUUCGCUCCAACACAUUUACCUUAUAUUUUACUGGUCACUGGCCACAUUAUUCACUCCAACACAUUUACCUUAUAUUUUACUGGCCACAUUAUUCACUACAACACAUUUACAUGUUACCUGUAAAACAAAAAGAUAAAACCGAAAAAAUUGAUGAAAAAAACUGCUUCAAGAACGGUUAUGGCGAUUCUAGAGGCGAUUGGAAAAUGGUUACAAUUCAUGCAAUGGCUCACCACGAUCAUGUUGGUUGAGCAUGAUUCUGAUGGCGAUGAGUGGCACAACAACCCAUGUUCUACCCACACGAUGCCCUGUUUCCCCAUGUUCAGAAUAACUUCUCAACAUGAUGACGUAUUAAGUAAGAGAUUUAGUUGAAGUGCCUAUAAAAGAGAAUGGAACUUCUAUCUUCUUCGUACUAUUGCUGAAUUCCUUUCAGAAUAUCUACAUUACCUUUUCAAGCAAAAUACGCAAAACACGAUGACAGACAAUCUCAGACGUGCCAUGCAAGACAUCGACUUAGGAAGUGAGGACACUCCCUUUGUUCUUCCCUCUGAAGUGGUGAGACAAGCAGCGGCAGAGAACCGUUUCAUCCUUAUUGGACGUCCCUCUAUGCCUCGUCGUCAAAAGUUGCGCAACCUUGUUGCCACCAUGCCUCGGGUUUGGGGAUUGGAAGGACUUGCUCGUGGUCGUGUUAUAGAGGGGAGAAGAUUCCAAUUUGUUUUCCCUUCUGAGGAAGCGAUGGAUACGGUGGUUCGAUGUGGGCCUUGGGCGUAUGCAGACAGGAUGAUUGUCCUUCAACGGUGGACACCUCUGAUGGACAUGGCGUUGCUCAAUUUUAUCCCGUUCUGGAUCCAAGUGAGGGGUAUUCCGCUCCAGUACAUGAACCGGGAAGUGAUUCUGCAUAUUGCUCGUGCUAUGGGUCAUCAAUAUAUCCAGAUGGAGUAUAAUGAAGAAACAGGAGGACGGAUGGAGUUUGUGCGGUUUCGUCUUAACUGGGACAUCACACAACCACUCAAGUUUCAGAGAAACUUCCAGUUUACUCCUGGUAUAAAUACUCUCCUUCGUUUUCAGUAUGAGCGAUUGAGAGGUUUCUGUGAAGUUUGCGGUCUUAUCACACAUGAUUCGGGUCGCUGCUUAAAUCAGAAUGGAGGACCUGAGGAAGGGCCAGACGAUGGAGAUGAUGGAGCAGAUGAUCAUAUGAAUGAGGCUGAACAUCAGGGCAACCCUGGAGUACAUAUUGAAGAAAUCAACGAGGAGGAGGCGAACGAGGGAGAUCAAGAUCAUUUACCUGAAGUACAAAAAGAGCACCAGCCUGCUGAGACUCAAAGGCCUGAAGAUGAAGUGACUGAAGAAGUAAUGAGUUCAGAAGAAGAGCCACAUGAUGAUGAUUGGCUGUGGGUUGGUGUAGCUAUGCCUAACAUGUAUUCCGACGAUAUCAACUCAGAAGAGAUGUUCUCUAUUUCUCCGUUUGCAGAAUGCUCUGAUGGUCGUGCUUCUCUGAAGAGAAAGAUAUGGUUGGAAUCAGCAAAUGGGAAUAACACCAAGUUCAGACGUAUUGAGAAAGAGGAAUCAAGUGCUGCGCAUGGUGGAAGGAAAGAGACUAUGACGGAGGAGAGAGUACAAGAAGGAACUGCAGAAGCGUAGACUGAUGGCAACAU